AUUGAAGCCGCCUGCCCGCGGCCGGGCCCGGAGAGUGACCAGUGGCCACCCGCCCUCUACACAACGAGCUCCCCGGGCCCCGGGCAAGACCAACGCCCCGCAAGGGCUGCUGGGACCGGAAAAGGCUAGUUCGGAACUCCACGAUUUACGCAACCUCCAAGCGGGCCGAACAGCGAGCACGUGACCUGGACGCCAUCUUGACUCCGGGCGGCAUCGCCCUGAGAUACUUCACUACCCGCUAAUACAGCUCGCUUUGCGCAGGGUAGGCGCUUCCAGGCCCAACCAAAGAUGGUGGCUCGGAGCGCGCGCCCGUCUAGCUGUCUCCAUGGUGAUCUCCCCUUGCCGUGCCCCCCGCACGCGCCGCGCCAUGGCGCCGCUGAGCCGCCGUGCCCGGGACAGGCUUUACUCGCUGAUUCUUCUCACCAUUGUAUUACUUUCAUGGGGAUAUGUUAUUUAUGCAACACGAAUAGCAGCUCGGUGGCAACUUGAGAAGGACUACCCUGAUCAAAUGCUGAAUUUUUAAAGGAACCAGUACAGAUGGACAGCAUCUGGAUUUUCACACCUGAAUACACUUAAAACCAAAUUUUAGGACAGAAAAGAUUAUUUCCAGACUAAUGGUUUGAGAAGUUAUGACCUGAUCACAUAAUUUAAGUUUAACAGUGGAAGAAGGCUUCAGGAAAAAAAAAAAAUCAAGCUUCCUGCACAAUUAAAAGGAGCAACAGAAAUACAGGCAAUGCAUGUUGUGUGACACUGAGUUUUCCUAAUAAACAAAUACAGAAAAUGAGCACCAGACUAAGAAGCAGCCAAGGAAGAAAUGUACACCAAGUGUAUGUUCAGUUGGUUUGCUGAAUGUCUUCUCUUUUACAGACCUCUUUGCUAAAGAUUUUGUAAUGUUUAAAAUAUGAUACACAUGUUUAAGUCCAAUGAUAUGGCAGUAAGUAACAUUAUUUAAAGGUGAUACAACAUUUUCCUUCAGUUCAUUUUAAUAGUAUUUGGCCCUCAAAUAGUCUUACUCAGCAACAACUUAUCCAUAUCAACUCUUUCCUAUUAAUAUUGAUUAUGGUAAAGUUUUUCAUUGAUGGAUUAACAAGUGUAACUGCAGCAGCCUCAACCGAGUUGUGUUUAGAGGUCUGCAGAUGUGUCUGGCAUCUUGGCUGUGCCCCUAGCAAAGUGCUAGUCACAAAUGUUACAGUGACAUAGAUCACACUAUCUUCUAGUGACAUGGUGUGCUGACCUUCAGGAAUAGUCAGGUCCAGGGUGGCUGAGGAAUUUUGGAAUACUGCUAGUCAAUGAAGUGGAUCAAGUAUUUGAAAUAGAGUUAGUUCCUGAAAGGAACAAGUAUGUGAGUACAAGAAAUGUGAGUACAAAUCACUAUUUGUCACAGUUUAUUUCUAUUUACUCAUCUUAUUUUGCUGUUGAUUCAUGCAGUUAAAGCUAUCAUGUUUUACCAAACUCUUCUCAUAUAGGUCAUUUUGCAAAAAAAAGAAUUGUAAGAUUUUGUAGUUUAUAAACUUCACAAUAUUGCUUGAGUAUUCAGAGUUCUAGUAGGACUUCCACAAUAAAUGAAACAGAGGCUAUGUAAACUAAUAUCUUAUUAAAACUAUAUCUCAAUAAUAUCUGACUUAAAAGUGGGACAGUUACUUUUCCAAAAAUGCCUUUUAAAUUUUACUGCACUUGUGCAUUACCUGCUGAGCUGAUUUUUUUUUUUGGCUGUAUCUUCCUGUUUGGUUAAAUACAAAUACAUAACUAGAGAUAUAUAAUUGGUUGCUAACAUGGAUAAAAUGCAGAUAAUCUGAUAAAUGCCUGUUAACACAAGAAGACUGUAUUACUACUAGUAUAUUGGACUGAAAGCCUACUACCAGAGUCCAUUUCAUACAGUCAAUCGUGAACAUUUUGUUACUAGGUGAGUAACUUCCUUAACUUGCCUUGCAUUAAAGAAAAGUCUGGAAAUGGUCUUUGCUAUUCCUGCUAUACCUAGAAGGAAAUAAGAUAACAUGAGAGUCUCCUGGAAGAAACUUUAUUGUUUUAUAUACAUAUCUGGAAAUAGUUAACACAUUUUUAUAGGAACAAAGCUGGAGUUUAUAACCUUCAGUGAUGACCGGUAGGCUCUUCUUCCAUUGGUGGGAUUAUUUCUCCUGUCUCUAGAAUUUUGUCACCCUAAUGAAAUAAAAAAUAUUAUGGUGAA